GGAGAAAAAAAAAAAAGACAGAUACCUGUGAAAAAAAAAAAAAAAAAAAAAAUGUUCUCCUCUCCCCAUCAUUGCAGCAGAGGACUGCGGAGGAGCUGAAGAGACGGAGCUCAUGCAUGCUGACCGCGGGAACUUGCGCUUUCCACCGUCUCCCCACUUGGAUUCCGCCUCUUUGACUUGAGGAGAACUAAGACAUUGUACGCCUGCCAAGGAUCUGGUGUCCACUGAAAGGAGAGACGGGAGGGGGUGGCGGUGAAUUGGUGCCACAGUGGGGUCCUUUUUUAGACCCGCACAUAAUUAGUGUCGCGGGGCACAAAGCGAGACGCUGAAUGUCAGCUUUCGGAUAAGGGGGGGUGAGUCGGAAUCUUCUCAGAUAAGAUCGAUCCGUGAGGACAUUUUUUUUUUUUUGAUGUCUCCUCCCACCGUUUGAUCGGAAUCAUAAGAGACUUCCUCCGUCAGGAUUUUCUUAGUUGACCAAAUGAAAACGACUAAUCCGGCUAAAGAAGAAAUACUGAAUACUAAACAAGGCGCGAUGCGCGACAUAUGAUGUGAGAAGUGGGGAGACAAUAUCCAGAGUGAAUGGACAUUUGCUCAGUGGCAUCCCUGGAUAUUCAUGCUGAUGGAUUUCCUUUUAAUUGGACUGUACUUAAAGUGGCCGGUGAAGAAGCCCCCGGGGUUGAUACUGUGUUCAUUGGGCAUUUUUCUGAGGAUGGUCCCCUCGGCGGAGGGGGUUUGUCCCAGGCUGUGCCGCUGCGACAGCAAGCUGCUGUACUGUGAGGGGCUGAACCUCACGGACAUUCCCCAGAACCUGAGCAGCGCCUUGGGCCUGUCGAUGAGGGAGAACAACCUGACCGAGUUACGUGACGGCCAACUGGCCGGCCUGUCCCAGCUCACCUGGCUCUACCUGGAUCACAACAACAUUGACAUUGUGGAGGAGGCUGCAUUCGAGCGGCUGAGGCGGGUCAAGGAAUUGGACCUCAGCAGCAAUCGGAUUGAGAGUCUGCCAAACGGCACCUUCAGGCCCCUCCCCAACCUGCGCAUCCUCGACCUCUCGUACAACAGGCUGCAGGCCCUGGAGCCUGACUUGUUCCAUGGCCUUAGAAAGCUCACCAAUUUGCAUUUGCGCUACAACGCUCUCAAAUUCGUGCCAGUGAGGAUUUUCCAAGACUGUCGGAGCAUGCAGUUUCUCGACUUGGGAUACAACCAACUGCAGAGUCUGGCACGGAACUCGUUCGCCGGACUCUUCAAGUUGUCGGAGUUGCAUUUUGAGCACAACGAGCUGGUUAAAGUCAACCUCGCCCACUUCCCCCGACUGAUCUCUUUACGCACCCUGUAUAUGCACAACAACCGCGCGACCAUUGUCGUCAACACCCUGGAAUGGACGUGGCACUUCUUGGAGAAGAUCGACCUGUCAGCCAAUGAAAUUGAGUACGUGGAGCCACAUGUUUUUGAGAGCGCGCCCAACCUCAAGAUAUUGAUGCUGGACUCUAAUCGCUUGACUUCUACGGACCAGCGCAUUUUGGACUCGUGGUCCUCCCUGACCAGCAUCACCCUCGGAGGGAACGACUGGGAGUGCAGCCGCAAUGUGUGUGCCUUGGCCUCGUGGUUGAGUGCCUUUCGAGGGCAACGGGACAAUUCGCUCUUGUGCUCGAGCCCGGACACGGCACAAGGCGAGGACGUCUUGGACGCCGUCUACGCUUUUCAGCUGUGUGAAGACCCGCCUCUGGAAGUUACCUCAGCGGGCAUGUACGCCUCCACAAGGGAUCUGGCUCACGGCGGCUCCGUGUUCCUCGGCCCUUUCACCCCCAACCCUUACGAGGGCGAGGGCGGCGAGGUGGUCACCAGUUCGUUCACUGUCACGGUGGGCCACGGCGACCUGGAGAGCACCAUGCAGAUCCACAAGGUGGUGACGGGCACCAUGGCCCUCAUCUUCUCGUUCCUCAUCAUCGUGCUCAUGCUCUACGUGUCGUGGAAGUGCUUUCCGGCCGGAAUAAGGCAGCUGAGGCAGUGUUUCAGCAGCCAGCGCCGCAAACAGAAGCAGAAGCAAAGCAUGCAGCAGAUGGCUACAAUUUCUACACCGGAGUACUACGUUGACUAUAAGCCUAACAAUAUCGAGGGAGCUCUGGUGAUCAUCAAUGAAUACGGCUCAUGUACUUGCCAGCAGCAACCUUCUCGGGAAUGUGAGGUGUGACCCGGGCCUGGUGGUAAAUCUGUUCUUUUUGGAUAAGUGCACGCAGGAUUAAAUGUAUAUUUUGGUCACAUCUUACGCAGCAUAUCACUGUGAUAUGGAAGUUUGCUUCACGGAGCUGACCAUUUUGCUGUGGAUUUCCUGCUGUAUCUUUGCCCACUCGACGCGACAGUACCAGGCAGAACGGGCUCUUGACUUGCGGACGGCUUGACGCACCAGCGUCACUGAGAGGAAUACAUUACAAGCUGCACAUUUUUUCCCUGAUUCGUGGAUAUUUGAGCUUUAAUGUGUCUUUCGGCUGCGGGACAUGUAAUUAAAACUGUGGACAAAAAAAACAUUUGUAAUAUGGUAAACGAUAUUUGACAAGGAUCUAACAUAUAUAUAUAUCAAAAAUAUUUAAGUUGGAUUCCAAAUGUAAAGAUACAAGUAUGUGUAAAAAUGUUAAAAAAAAAGAAGUGCAAGUGUGGAUUUAACCGAUUCAAAAUAAUCUAUUUCUUUUGUAAACUCCAAAAAAAAAAGAAAAAAAAGAAAGAAGCAAAAUGUUGAAAUACAUGCUGUUCACAUUGAAAUCAUGUGUGUGUGUGAGAGAGGCUGCUCAGAAAUGAAAUGUGUCGGCUGACUCGAGUGCAAUACCUCCGCAGUCCUUUAAACAAACCACACAAAAAACAGAAAAAAGAGACAAGCAGAAAAUGAAAGGCACAUUUGCAACUCAUCCCAAAUGUAAUAGCCAUUGUCUAAAUUUCUCUUUUAUCUCACAUUGUGUUGCUUUAUGAUUCACUGUGUUGGUUCACUGGUAGUAUUGUUCCCUCCCCUUGCUUUCAAUCGCACAUUUUGAUCAGUUAGUACACGUCCAUAUUAUUAUAUCUGUGUACCAUCAAAGUAAAGAAAAAUAUAAAGUC